AAAUUAAGUGACGAUGACGAUGACGAUGAGGAUAAAUAUGCUGAUGAUGUCAUUAUACCUGGACAGAAGUUUGACAGUAAGAGGCGAGUCUUGUCAUGGACCCGGCCGCCUUUCUCGAAAGACGAACUCAAUUGAGAAUUGAAGAACAAACUGAAAGGAUUUUAUCCGGAGCGCGAAGAUUAUCCGACUUACCAACAACACGUCCAACAACGAAGGAAAGGUUACUCGAAGAAUGCGUCAAAGUUCACACGGCCCUACAAGAACUUGUUUCUAUAUACAUACAUUAUGCCGAGACAAAACAGACACCGACACCGAACGAUGAACUUAAUGAGUCCAUUGAUAGCAUGGCCGACAAAACUCAAGAUCUACGACGUCAAAUGCGUGUUGCCGUGGCUGAUCAUAUCUCGGAUACCUUUCUCGACACUCUUGUACCGCUGAUGUUGCUUGUUGACGCUGCCAAAGAUGGUAAUCAACGUGGGGUCGAGGAAUGCGCCAUUGUGUUCAGCGAAGGAGCUGCGAAACUGGAAGAGGUCGCCAAUCUUGCUUGCUCUGUGUCUAAUAAUGCUGAGGGAGUUAAACUUGUUCGAGUGAUCACCAAGAAAAUUCACAAUUUAUGUCCACAGGUGAUAAAUGCAGCCCGCACGUUGGCAGCCCGCCCACGUAGUCGUACGGCACGUGCCAAUAUCGACACAUUCAAAGCGACUUGGGAAAGUCAAGUUCAUCUUCUGGUUGAAGCUGUGGAUGAGAUCACGGAGAUUGACGAAUUUCUAACUGUUUCAGAAAAUCAUAUUGGAGAGGACGUUGAAUCCUGUAUCAAGGCGACAAAGGAGAGAGAUGUGGAGACGCUGGAUGGGACUGCUGGUCUCAUUCGUGGAUGCACGGAGCGCGUUGCUGCAGUGGUAUUGGCUGAAAUGGAAAAUUUCGAGCAAUGACCUUAUACUGAAAAUGUACAGAAGACUGUGAAAUCACUCGAGGAAGACAUUAUUCCAAGAUUUUCCGACGUCGUCGAUUCAACUGUGGAAACUUUGAACCGAAAUCCUCGCGAGAAAAUUGACGGGGAAGCUGUUGUUCAGGCAUCGCAACUUGUUUACGAUGCAAUAAGAGAUGUGAGAAAAGCAGUUAACGUGAAAACGAAACGUUACAUUAACGGGUUGGAAACGAAUAUCGAUCCAAUUUACACGGCCCAGGUUCAACAAGAAUUGACUGUCGCUAAAGAAGAGGCCGCCUAUGAACAAAUACAAGCUGCAGGUAAAGUUCAUUACGACAUCCGGGCAUCUGGUGGCGAUGACGUUGGUGGUAUGGGUGUGGCAUCUAUCAAGGUGAACGGAGUAGAGUAUUGUCACAAGCGAGUUGGACAUAACGUGGUCGUGUUGGAUCCCGCAGGAGAAUUUGUGGCGUCGGAAAAUUUCGACACAACAGCGCCAGAGGGUGGCGUUGCCAUGGGAAAAUUUUGGAUGAAUUGCCCGAAGACCAUAUUGUAUUGGUUGCUACCCAGGAAACUACUGGUGCGUUUUAUCAACUUCAGCCUCUUUUAUUAUUAUUGUUGUUGUAAUGUCGUUAACCGUGUAGGUCCUGGGGUCGAGUACGCUGCUCCCGCCCUUGGAAGACUUGGAGCUCAAGGGCCAUUUGAUUCCGGUUACCGAUCAUCUUGGGCGUUUGCUGGAUACACGGGACCUGAGCAGAAACCAUGGAUACACGAGAAGAGUCGUCCUGCAGGGCAAGGACCAACGUUGGUGUCGAAUCUCAUGUUCACACCGGCUCAUGAACAGGGUAACAAAUUGAAAAUCAAGAUAGUUCUUCGUGGCGAAGGCUCCGACGACCCUAACAAGUUAGGCUACUGUAGCAUAAAAGUAAACGGUGUAGAAAGAAGCAUGAAACACCGAGGUCAUAACGUUGUCGUCCUCGACGACAGUGGAAACUUUGUCACAUCGAAAUGUUUUGAUACCGGUGAUGCAUCAAAGAACGAAGGUGUUGAAAUGCAACGUUUUCUCGAUGGUUUACCGAACGAAAGGAUUGUACUCAUUGCUACACAAGAUACUAAAGGUGUUAGUGUUAAUGAAGCAAAGGAUUCGCUUGGUCGUAUCGGUGCUACUGGUAAUGUAAAUCCUGGACCAGGUGGCUCUUGGGUAUUUAUGGGAUACACGGGACCAGAUGCAGUAGAUUGGGUCACACAGGAAUCGAAGCCUCGAUACGAAGGACCCUCAGUAUUAUCCGACUUUGUUUCUUUACCCGCUACCGUGAAGGCAGUCGAGGAAGAACCAGUUCGUCCGCCUUCGCUUGUCGCCGUCGACGGUUUCGAACUCGCAGCCGAACCCGAACCUGAACCUGAAAAUGAUAGCGAUGAUGAAGAAACUGGAACGAGUUUCGCGGAAAUGAGUGACAGGGCAAAAAUGAAAGCGAUGCCCGCCGAAGAUAAGGCGAAAAUUGAACAACUGUCAACCGAGCUGCGUUCAGAGAAAUCGAGGUUCGAAAAUAUGUUGUCACAGUGGGAUGAAUCUGGCAACGAGAUUGUUGUUUUGGCUAAGAAGAUGUGUGUGAUGAUGAUGGAUAUGUCGGACUUUACAAGAGGUACUGGAACAUUGAAGACAACCAUGGACGUUAUAACCGCGGCAAAGCGUAUUGCAAAAGCUGGCGAAAGAAUAAAUCAAUUAUCAACAGAAGUUGCUGAAAAGUGUCCUCAUUCUCAAUCGAAGAACGAUCUUCUCGCAUACAUUCAACGCGUCUCUCUUUUUUCACAUCAACUCACCAUCACCAGUCGAGUGAAAGCUGAUAUCCAGACAAUCAGUGGCGUCGAAGUUGUGUCAGCGUUGGAAAGUGCAACUUCUCUUAUAACAGCUGCGAAAAACUUGAUGAAUGCUGUUAUACUAACAGUCAAAGCUUCUUAUGUCGCUUCUACUAAGUUUCGAGGUUCUAACAGAUCAGUGGUCAACUGGACAAUGAAAGCGCCCAACAUGAAACCGCUUGUCACUCAAAGGAGUUUCGCAGACGAUGACUCAUCACCUCGUAGGUUAACCAAGUCGACAAGAUAUAGUGAAGUAAAUCCACUUGUCCCUCUCGAUCAAUUCGACACAUCUCGACCAAUGAAAAGAGCAGAUUUCUAGAAACUAUCGAUUUUAUAGGUAAAUAGUAACUUAUGUAUGUUAUCGUAUUGACAGGUAUGUGUGGGUAAUUCAAGGCUGCGAUAGAUGCACUUUGAUUGUAUGAAAUUUUAGGUAAUUUUUAAUGACGAUUGGUGAUGGCGGUGGCCCUAAGGGCUCGCCAUCAUUCAACUCACCUUAUUUUGUGUCAAGACUUGCUUGCAGCUAAUCAUAUAGCUGCAGUGUAGGAGUUCUUGUCUGUAAAAUGAACCUUAGCACGAUGUAUUACAGAGGCUGACAGGCUGAUAUUAUUUAACUUACAUGGAUAGACGAAGCGUUCUAUCCUUUGUUUAAAAAAACACGUAUUUUACUUGUAA